UGCUCUUAAAACUGUACACAAUUGGGCCUGGAAACUUGGUUUUGCCUGCUCCAGCGAGCACCUGGGGUCCCAGCUCAAGGGGCGUUUAGGGCUGGAUGACUAUAAAGGAAUCUUUGUUCGGUCUGCCAUGAUGUCAUUUGGUCUUCACUUUGGCACAGAGUCAUCAUUUAGUUGUGCCUUGCUGUCCUUAGGGGAUUGGUUCCAGGAUCCUGUGGAAAUUAAAAUCCACAUGCUCAAAAAUCCAGAUGCUCAAGUCCCUUAUGUAAAAAAAGACUGUCUGAGGAGAAAGUCUACACUGAAAUGAACAUUGUGAGAAAACUCAAUUUAAUGAUACCUUGGAGUAUAAUCUUGCUUCAUAUACUGCUGUUUUCAUUACAAGGAUAUACUUGUGCAUCAUCCAUCUUGACGGGAACAUCAAAAAACGGGUUUAAUGAAAAUCGACAGAAAAGAGCUCUUUUAGCAGCACAGUUUGAAGCAACUUCUCCAAGAUAUUUCUUUCAUGAAGCUGUCAAUUGGGGUGAGAGCAAAAUAAAAGGUUCUUGCCCUCAUGAAUGCCUUAACGGGGCUUUCUGUUCUAAGACUGGUACAUGUGACUGUCAAAUAUUUCAGGCACUUGGGACAAGGUGCCAGAUUGUGCCAAACAUGGGCAAUGGUAGAGAUGGGAUUUGCAAAACCUGGGGCCAGUACCACUUUGAAACAUUUGAUGGCAUCUAUUAUUACUUCCCAGGAAACUGUUCUUACAUUUUUGCAAAGGACUGUGAUAAUUUGGAGCCUCGGUACACUGUAUGGGUUCAUAAUAGCCCUAGGUGCCUUGGUUCAGUGUAUUAUUGUUAUCGGUCAAUCAGCUUGUUCUUUUCAGACCAAGAGGAAAUUCGAAUUUAUGGUCAUGAAAUAAAAAAGGAUGGAAUCAGCUUAACAUUGCCUCAGACAAUUGGACAGGUGUUUAUUGAGAAACUAGCUGACUACAUCCUGGUGAAAACAGCCUUUGGCUUUUCUUUGGCAUGGGAUGGUAUAUCUGGAAUUUACCUCAAACUGUCUGCAGAGCAUAAAGGAAAAUCUUGCGGCCUGUGUGGAAACUACAAUGCCAUUCAGUCUGAUGAUUUCAUCAUUCAGCAAGAGGACUACACAGAAGACAUUGCAAUGUUUGCAAAUAGUUGGUUGGUGCAAACUGCAGAUGACACCAAAUGUGUACCAACACCCUCAGAUUUUCCAAAUCCAUGUUCCAGUGGAAUGCCAGCAUUUGAGGCAAUCUUCUUCAAGUGUCAGAUACUGUUGCAGUUUCCCUUUUUGAGCUGCCAUGAAUAUAUAGAUCCAUAUUUAUAUAUUGCCAGCUGUGUUAAUGAUCUUUGCAAAACUGAUGAUGAUGACACCUAUUGUCGAGCAGCCACUGAGUAUGCUAGAGCCUGUUCCCAUGCUGGCUACCCAAUUCAAGACUGGAGAGAUGACUUUCCAGCAUGCACUGAUAAAUGUGAUGAUAGCUUUGUCCAUCGGGAUUGCAUCAGUUGUUGCCCACCAACCUGCACUUUUGAGAAACAAUGUCUUGGAAGCAAUCUCCACUGUCUUGAUGGAUGUUACUGCCCAGAUGGCCUCAUAAUGGAAAAUGGGACUUGCAUCUCCUUGGAAAAUUGCCCAUGUAAUUUUCAUGGACUAGCUUAUGCAGUUGGUUCAAAAAUUGAACAAGAAUGUACUGAAUGUGUGUGUGUUGGCGGUGCUUGGAACUGCACUGAGCAUGACUGUCCAGUUCAAUGCUCUGUUGUGGGUGAUUCUCAUUUUACAACUUUUGAUGGUCGACAUUAUUCUUUCAUUGGAAUGUGCCAGUACAUCCUUGUGAAGGGAACUGGAAAAGAUAAAUUCACAAUUACUUUACAGAAAGCUCCCUGUGAGCAGAACCUUGGCUUGGUCUGCCUUCAGUCUAUAACUCUAAUUCUGGAAGAUGAUUUUAACAAACAAGUGACCCUUAACAGGGGAGGAGAGAUCCUCACCAGCCCUAACCAGGGCUUCGAUCUGAAUGGACUUGUUAAAAUCCAAACUCUGUCAUCCUUAUUUAUUCUUCUAAAAACCACAUUUGGCUUAAAGAUUCUGUUUGCUAUAGAUGGGGAAAGAAUUUAUAUUCAGCUCACUAGUGCAUGGAAAAGAAGAACAUUAGGUCUCUGUGGCACUUUUAAUGGGAACAUAAGAGAUGAUUUUCUUUCUCCAUCAGGCAUGAUAGAAGGUACCCCACAACUUCAUGCAAAUGCAUGGAGAGUUUCUUCCACUUGUUUUGCGCCUGUUCAUGUUCCUAUGGUGGAUCCCUGUAACAUAAAUCAGCAAAACAUUGGGUAUGCAGCACACUGUGAUGUCAUCCACCAAGAACUCUUUGCUCCUUGCCACUUCUAUGUUAGCCCUGGACUGUAUUACCAGCUGUGUCGCCAUGAUGCCUGCAAGUGUGGCAGUGCCUGCCUGUGCAAUGCUCUUGCCCACUACGCCUACCUUUGUGGCCGGCGUGGGGUCCCCAUUGAUUUUAGAGCCCAGAUUUCAUUCUGUGGGGUGGUGUGCCAGAAGGGCAUGCUGUACCACCACUGCUCCUCGUUUUGCCUUCACUCCUGCACAUCUCUCUCUUCUGCGGAGCAGUGUGAUGACGACUGUGCUGAAGGCUGCAACUGUCCUGAAGGCAAAUACUUUGAAGACACACUUAACUUCUGUGUGCCCAUAUUUCACUGCCGGUGUCAUUAUAGGGGCAGUGUUUAUCAACCUGGAGAACUCAUCCCAACACCCUCAGGCUUAUGCCAGUGCACAAAUGGAACUGUGACAUGUGAUGAAUUAGCAACGCCCUCUACUGUUCAUACCUGUCCUGAGGGAAAACAGUAUUUCGACUGCAGAUUUCCUGACCCUGAAUUACCAGCUGGGGGUAUAAAUUGUGAGACAACAUGUGCAAACUUGGCCAUGAACUUCACUUGUGCCCCAUCCUCACCCUGUAUCAGUGGCUGUGUUUGUGCUCCAGGACUGGCAGAGCAUAAAGGAAAGUGUUAUGUUCCUGAAAGCUGUCCGUGUAUCUGGAAAGAUUGGGAGUAUCUCUCAGGAGAAGUGAUUGCUACGCCGUGUUAUACCUGUGUUUGUCGACGAGGAAUGUUCAAUUGCACGUAUUAUCCAUGCCCGGCAGUGUGCACGAUAUAUGGAGACCGGCACUACCAUUCUUUUGAUGGAUUGGAAUAUGACUAUAUCAGUGACUGCCAGGUAUUUUUGAUAAAGAGUGCAGAUGAUUCAGAUAUAUCUGUUAUUGCCCAGAAUAAGAAGUGCUUCGACAAUGAUAUUGUUUGUUCUAAAAGUGUUUUGAUUUCAGUUGGGGACACUGAAAUUUACCUGAAUGAUGCUCCUUACAAACAGAAACGAUCGGGUUUUUUUCUGGAAAAUAAACCUACAUACCAGCUUUGGAAGGCAGGGUACUACAUAGUAAUAUACUUUCCAGAGAAAGAUAUCACUAUUCUUUGGGAUAAAAAGACAACCAUUCACAUCAAAGCUGGACCACGGUGGAAGAACAAACUAUCAGGAUUAUGUGGAAACUUUGACAAAUGUACUUCAAAUGAUAUGACUACAUCUAAUAACUUAGAAGUGAGAAAUGCCCAGGUAUUUGGAGAUAGCUGGGCAUUAGGACAGUGUGAAACCCCAACUGAAUCAUUUAAACCCUGUGAGGCACACCAAAACAAAUUUCCUUAUGCCAAGAAAGAAUGCUCCAUUUUGUACAGUGAUGUUUUUGCUCCUUGUCGUAAUGUGAUUGAUGUUACUUCUUUUGCCAAAAAUUGUCAUGAAGACACGUGCAACUGUAAUCUUGGUGGGGACUGUGAAUGUUUGUGCACCAGUGUGGCAGCCUACGCAUACAAGUGUUGUCAGGAAGGGGUGUCAGUUCACUGGAGAUCAUCCAGUAUUUGUUCACUUGAUUGUGAAUAUUUAAAUGAAGGGCUUGGAGAAGGACCAUAUAUGCUGGCAAGUUAUGGACAGAGUGGCCUCAUUCUAGGGGCCAACAUGACCAGUAGAAGUAUUUUCUCUUUGCCAAGAAGUAGUAGUCAUGGAAACUUAUUUUUUAAUUUUAUGAUCACUCCAGGUCUCUUUAAAGAGAAGGAAUCAUCAAUGGCACUUGUUUCCCUGGAAUCUGCUGAAAGGCCAAACUACUUUCUCUAUGUCCAUGAUGAUGACACUUUUAGUUUGGAACUAUGGGAGGCAAAUUCAGCCUUUCAACGGAGAGCCACAUUUUUUCACCACCAGGGCCUCUGGAUUCCUGGUUACAGUGCUUUCGAAUUAUAUGGCAAGAAAGGCUUUUUUAUCAUAUUCACAGAUUUUAGUGUCAAAGCAUCAAAGUAUGAUGAUUCGGAAGAAUUUAAACAUUCAAGUAGCUUCAGCAUAGAAGAAAUUCAGGCAGCAGUGCCAUACAGGAGGAUGUGUGAAUGGAGAUAUGAACCUUGUGCCACUCCCUGCUUCAAAACCUGUAGUGACCCUGAAGCACUAGCAUGUAAAUUUCUUCCCCCGGUUGAAGGAUGCUUGCCUUAUUGUCCUAAAAAUAUGAUCCUUGAUGAGGUCACCCUCAAAUGUGUUUAUCCAGGAGACUGCAUACCUCUGAUUCCCACAGAACCAGCAUUAAUCCCACCAGGCAUACCUCUGAUUCCCACAGAACCAGCGUUAAUCCCACCAGGCAUAACUCUGAUUCCCACUGAACCAGCGUUAAUACCACCAGGCAUACCUCUGAUUCCCACAGAACCAGCAUUAAUCCCACCAACAGGUCCAGAGGUGGUUACACCAUCAGUCAUCACUGUGUUUGACACGCUAACUCCAACAACAGGUUUGGAAUGUGAGCCUCAACAGUUUGAUCCUGUUUAUAAUUGUAGUCAAUACAUAUGCCUUAAUAUGGAAUGGACGUUAUACAACUGGUCUCUUCACUGCCCAAUGGAAUUGGAAAUGCCUGACUGUGGUUUUCGUGGAAGACCUGUUCAAGUGAACAGUGAUGUCUGCUGCCCUGAAUGGGAAUGUCCUUGUCGGUGUUCCAUGUUGUCAGAGCUGAGCAUUAUUACAUUUGAUGGCAACAAUGCAGCAUUAUACAGUAUGGCUUCUUAUAUUUUAGUAAGAAUUCCUGGGGAAGUUAUAGUGGCUCAUAUUGAAAGAUGUUCCAUGAAUCAGAAUGGAAACUCAUUUAAAAAGCUAGCUUCCUCUGGAAGAAUCUCUGGACUUUGUUUUAAGAAGUUAAAUUUGACAACACCUAUAAAUAAAAUAAUUGUCAACCGUUUAGCAAGAAAGGUAGAAGUGGAUUCUAUCAUUGUACCUUUACCCUUCUCAAAUCAAGACCUGGCCAUAGAGGAUUCUGGUAUGAUGUAUGUGAUUACCACCCCGGCUGGACUAAUCAUAAAGUGGGCUCAUCUUACAGGAAUCAUAGACAUUCAUUUCGGCUUUCGAUUUAACUUGUCAUCUUACACAGAAGGACUUUGUGGAAUUUGUAAUGAAGACCCAGAUGAUGACCUCAGAAUGCAGAAUGGCACAAUUAUUACAUAUUUGGAAGACAUAGCAUUAUUUAUUGAAAGCUGGGAAAUUGAGAAAUCAUUUGAAGUAACAACGAGAAGACCUGUCAGAAAUUGCACAGAGCAUGACUGCACUCCCUGCACUGAGUUAUUAAAUAGAAGAGUUUUCAUUCCAUGCCAUGAUAAAGUUUCACCACAGGACUUUUGUGAAAAAAUGUGGAUCAAUUAUACCUAUUUCUGGAACUAUGAGUGUGAUGCUCUUUCUGCAUACGUGGCUCUGUGCAGCAAGUUUGACAUCUGUAUUCAGUGGAGAACCCCUGAUUACUGCUCUCUGAGUUGUCCAGAGGGAAAGGAAUAUCAGCCCUGUGUGAGAUCUUGUGAAGCCAGAACAUGCCUGAACAAGUGGUUCUAUGGACAUUCUCCAUGUCUGAAUUUAAGAGAAGACUGUGUGUGCAAAAAUGGAACCAUUCUUCACAGGCCAGAUUCAAUUCAAUGCAUUCCAGAGAAAGAAUGUGCAUGCACUGAUGGUGAAGACCAACCCCGCAGUGCUGGGGAGGUUUGGAAUGGGGGCAUUGACGAAUGUGCUCUAUACAAAUGUUUGGAGAAUGGAAGCAUUAUUCCUAUAGAACCUGAAUGUGAUGACGAGCCUUCCCCUGUUUGUGAACGAGAAGCUGAAGUUGUCCUGGGCGUCGUCGAUAAGUGGACCUGCUGUUCAAAGGAAAUUUGUGGAUGUGACAUGACCUUGUGUGAAACUACUGUUCCAACUUGUACAGAUAGUCAAAAAUUGAUCAUUGGCCACAGCCCUCUUUCUUGCUGUCCACAGUACCAGUGUGAAUGUGACCCACUCAGAUGUCCCAGUAUUUCAAUACCAGAGUGCAAAGAAGACUAUUUCAUGCUUCAAGUUCAACAGGGAGAGCCUUGUUGUUUUUCUCCUCUUUGUGUUUGUGAACCUUGCACUGAACCUAUUCCACUCUGUAAUGAAGGAGAAUUUCUCACUGUGGAUCUUAACACCACACACUUAUGUUGUCCUCAGUAUUAUUGUGUUUGUGAGCCGAAUCUUUGUCCUCAGCCAUUACUCAGCUGUGCAGAAGAUAUGAAUCUUUUGAAAGAAAAUGUAUCUGGUCAAUGUUGUCCAACUUGGCGUUGUGAAUGUAGCUGUGAGAACCUUGUUAUGCCAACUUGUGAAGUGGGAGAAUUUACUGCAAUAGACCAUAACUUUCAGAGUGACUGUGGAUGUGUAAAGUAUCUCUGUGAUAAGGACAAUGUGUGUCUAUUUCAAGAAACAUCAGUACUGAAUCCAGGUCAAUCCAUGAUUAAAUAUUUGGAAGGAGACUAUUGUCAUUCAGUGGAGUGUCUGGAAGAAAAAAAUAACUAUACAGGCUUUCAUGUGCUGAAUUUUACAAUGGUAAAUUGCUCAAAGGAAUGUGAUAUUCACCAGGUAUAUAUGCCAUCUCCAAGUGAUUAUAAUUGCUGUGGUACCUGCAAAAAUGUAUCCUGCAAGUUUCAAAUGGAAAAUGGAACAUCAGUUAUACAUGAGGAGGGGAGUACUUGGCAUUAUAAUUGCACCACAUAUGAAUGUGUUAAGACUGAUGAAGGAACAAUUAUUCUGAACUAUAGUAUGGUCUGUCCCCCUUUUAAUGAGACUGAAUGCAAAAUGAAUGAAGGGAUUGUGAAGUUUUAUAAUGAAGGUUGUUGCAAGAUCUGUAAACGAGAAGAAAGAAUAUGCCAGAAAGUGAUCAUUAAAUCAAUCAUAAGGAAACAGGACUGUAUAAGUCAAAGCUCUAUAAAUAUUGCAUCCUGUGAUGGAAUAUGCCCAUCAGCCACCAUUUAUAAUAUCAAUAUUGAGAGCCAUCUAAGAUUCUGCAAAUGUUGUCGUGAAAAUGGAGUGCGAAACUUGACUGUGCCACUGUAUUGCUCAGGAAAUGGAACUGAAAUCAUGCACACCCUCCAGGAACCUAUAGACUGCACAUGCCAGUGGAUUUAAGCUUCCAGAUUUGAAAAACACAAUGCAGCAUCAUAAUGUCAAAUGGAUUGAAAUUUUAUCUCUACUAUCUAGGCACUGUGCAAGUAUAUACCAUUUAACAGUAGUAUAUUUUUCAGAUGAUUAGUUUAUGGCAAUUUGACACUUGGUAUGAAAUAUAUACAAUGUCCAUGGGAAAAUAGAUUUGUUGAUCUACCCUAUUUUAGAGAAUCAAAUUAUUUUAAGUCAUUUAGGUGUCUUUGAUGUAUAAAAUUGCAACAUACUGCAGACCUGGGAUGGUCUUGUCAAAUAGAAGUUUAUUUUACUAAAUUCUUUCCAUUUAACUUGAGUUAUUUUUUGAUUUGCAAAAUAUAUCUCUACUGUUGAGUCUGGUAAAAUAUCAUCAGUUAAAACUGACAUCUGUAGUCAUAAAGAGUGGCAUCCUUAGAGAUAUAUCAUAGAACUGUGGGAACUAAGAUUAUUUAAAGCCUGAAUGGAAGUUAGGGAUAUUAGCUGCAAAUUCCCCUCAGUUUGCAGAUAUAUCAUAUAACCAGAGAAGCUGUUUGACUUGUACAAAUUUAUUUGAUGUAACAAUAUAAUGAAUUCAUGUAAACUGUUAAGUUCCAAUGUGUAUGUACUAGUUCUUUUAUAUGGUCUUUUCUUUUGAACAGUAAAGUAUCUAUCAUAAAAUAUUUUAUUCUUACAGAAUUUCCUUGCAUAGAAUUGAGAAUUUUAAAUUUAAUACCUUUUUAAAUAAGAUAAAAUACCACACAUGCUUAUGCAUAUACAGGCAUAUAAUAGUCAUCACACUAUUAAUGAAUGGGGAAAUGUAGCAUAGUUACUAAAAAGAGAGGGAUAUCUUGAGCUUUUAUUUUUUUAUGCAAUUAAAACUAUUAUCAAAUAUAUUGUUACUGUUUAACAUUUAGCAACCUAUUUACUAUCUCAAUGAUGUUUGAC